AUGACGAAGUCUCAAUUCAAAGUUGCAGUCGUUCAGGCACUUCCUGAGUUUAUGGAUUUGGCUGCCAGUAUCAGCAAGACCAUAAAGCUGAUCGAGGAGGCAUCGGCAAACGGCGCGGCUCUGGUCGCUUUUAGUGAGGCGUGGAUACCCGGUUUUCCGUUCUGGGUAUUCGUCAAUGCCCCGUUCCAGGGCAUGCCGCAUUUCGCCCGCUAUCGAGCGAAUUCUCUAGCGGUAGAUUCUGAUGAGAUGCGCAGAAUCCAGAAAGCGGCCCACGACAACAAAAUUCAUGUCGCGCUCGGCUUCAGUGAGCUGGGCGGCGACACGCUGUAUUUGGCCCAAGCUGUAAUCGACGAUCAAGGUGAAAUGAUCUUUAGCCGGCGUAAACUUAAGCCGACGAUGGCGGAGCGGAUGGUGUUCGGAGAAGGUGACGGAUCUGAUUUGAUCGUAGCUGACACAGACCUGGGCCGCAUCGGCGCGCUGUGCUGCUGGGAGCACCUAGGGCCGUUGAAUAAAUUUGCGUUGUAUUCUCAACGUGAGCAGAUUCACUUCGCGGCCUGGCCUAGCUUCGGACUGGACACCAACAUGGUUUAUUCAUUUGGUCAUGAGGUGAACAACGCGGCCAGUAAAAUCUAUGCCGUAGAAGGCCAGUGUUUCGUCUUGGCACCCUGUGCCAUUAUUGACGAUGCGAUGCUCGAAACUAUGGCUGGCAGUGCGGAGGCUGCACUACCGUUUCAGUCGGGUGGAGGUUAUGCCAUGAUCUACGGACCCGAUGGUCGAGAACUUACGUCGCCUGUGGGUGAGCACGAAGAGGGAAUCCUCUACGCUGAUAUCGAUCUAAACAUGAUUGAUAUGGCCAAGAUCGCAUACGACCCGAACGGCCACUACGCGCGCCCCGAUGUGCUGCGGCUGUGGUUGAAUGAUCAGCCAAUGAACCCGGUUGAGUUCGCCUCUAGUGACACCACUGCAUCGGUCCUCGAGGACGUCGACAAGCCAUAA